UACAAGUCUGAUUUUGUUAAUAUUUGUUUAUUUAAAUAUAGAAAGCUUAAAAUUUUUCCCAGAUAACCAAAAUUAGUACUAUUUUAUCGCUCCUUACCGUACCAUCGUAUUUUCCUCAAAUAUGCAAAACAAAGAGCAAAAUUUCUCAGCUGCCGCUAACGGCGGCGCCACCGCGUCUGAAGGCCAUCAAGUUGUCACAAUGGCAGCAAAUAUUGAAAACCAAAACGAUAUUUCAAAUCCCUUAAUUGCUUCGAACAUGGGCGCCACCGUUCUUGAAGGAGGUGAAAUCGUCACAACAACGGAGAAUGAGGAUUAUAACAACAUACUAAUUUACUCAGCUGCUACGGAUGGUGGUGCCAUCGCUUAUGAAGACAGCGAAUUCGCGACAAUGAUGGAAGAUGUUUUUAAUCAAAACAGCACGCUAAGUUGCUUUGCUGCUGCGGAUGGCGGCGCCACCGCUUAUGAAGUUGGUCAAUUCUUCACGCAGGAGGAAGAUAUUUAUAACCUAAAUAGCGUUCUAAAUUCUACAGUUGCUUCGAACAUCGACGUCACAGCUUUUGAAGGUGGUCAGUUCUUCACGCAGGAGGAAAAUAUUUAUGAUCAAAUCAAUGUUCUAAGUUCCACGGUUGCUUCGAACAUCGAGACCACCGCUUUUGAAGGAGGUGAAACCGUCACAACAGCGGAGAAUGCCAAUAACCGAAACAACAUGCUGAAUUCCUCAACUGCUUCUCACGGCGGCCGAACCGUUGCUGAAGUUAAAGACUAUAUCCAAUCGUUUCCUCCUGGAGUCCGAUUCGUCCCUACCGACGAGGAAUUGAUUCAGUAUUACUUGUUGAAGAAGGUUAACAAUGAACUUUUACCUUCUAACCUUAUUUGGGAGGUUGAUCUCUAUGGAACAGAACCUGCCAAACUCACUGAGUCCUACGAACCAAAUGGAGAAAGCGAAUGGUAUUUCUUCACGUCGAGGAGAAAAAAAUACCCAAACGGAGGAAGGCCAGAUCGUUCGACAGAGAAUGGCUUUUGGAAGCCGACCGGAAUGGAUAAAAGCAUCCCUGAAGGCGGUCUGAAACCUAUAGGCUCCAAAAAGACACUUGAAUUUCACACCGGCCGACAUCCUUCUGGUCACAAAACUGAAUGGAAAAUGCAUGAAUACAAAGUUGAUCCUAGCCUGAUUAAACCCCAAAACAAACCCCAGGAUGGCAUGACGCUUGAUACAUGUGUUCUAUGCAAGGUGUACAAGACCCAAAGGAAGGGUCAAAACGAAAACUACAUUGCAAGUUGUGAUCAAAAUACCAACACUAGUUCUUCCUCGCAAAUUUUUGAUGCCGGAGCAUCCUCGGAGGCAACAAACGUUUCAUAUCCGAUGACGGGUUUUGCUGGACAACCUGAUAGCGAACUGUAUCCAUUGACCACUUCCCCGAUGCCCAAUUACGAGUAUUACUCGAAUACAUGGUUUCAACCUACCGUCGAUGGGGCACUAAACAAUGAAGCUUUUGUACCAGCAGCCAAUAGAAAUAAUACCGUGUUUAGAAAUCGUAACUCGGACACGACUUGGCCGCCAUAUCAUCCUUAUUAUUCGAAUGGUUUGUUGUUACAUCGAGGUGUUAAUAACGCAGCAUCAACAUCAACAGUGGCUGGAAAUUACAUCGAUAAUAAUGUUCGUGCCCUUCAAGUUCGGCCUCCAAAUGCAGCAAUGACUCAGCUAACUGUUAAUAAUGGCGGACCGAACAGUGAAGAUCAUUCAAUGGCAGCAAGUAGGAGUAACACCAUGUCUAGAGGUAGGGGUGAAGCUCAAAGAGGUUCUCGAAGGGGUGGAAAUCGAGGAAAAAUCAUUAUGUUACCUCGAGGAUGAGUUAUAAUGCUUAAUAUUGUCGGUGUCGUGCUUUUCGUUUCAUACGAUUUGUCAAUGCGCGAUGCGUAACAUUCUCAGCCGAUUCCUAUAUGAGCCUUAGUCUCUUCUCUUGCAAAUGCUACUCCGGAUCAACAAAGAACGAUAUGCGUCCUUCUGUUUUACUUCUUUAUUCCGAUUAACCGAAAAGGUUACAUCAGGCCAAUUUACAGGGGGAGAAUCACUAUCCACUUGUCGAAGCUCUAAGACCCAAUGUUGCAGGUUGCUUCUCAACAGUAACAAGCCGAUGGUGCGGCUGAUCAACCGACCUCGUCUCUGGAGUUCCAAAUGCAUGCUACAUAGUUUACCGAUUCGUCUCCUUAAACACCAUCGUAGUGUCCUCUUUACUGAGUCCGAAUAAGCCACAUCAUUAGUCAGAUACGAGCCAAUUCCAAUUCUGUACCUUUUUUGAGUGUUUCGGAAUUUCGAUACCACCAUUUGCAUGAUUAUUUUUCACAGAUUCAUUAAGCUCAA